AUGGGUGGCGGCCGUGACAAGGGCAAAGGCAAAGGCCCAGGUGGCUUUUCCGGUGCGGGCAGAGUGCGGUCAAGCAUUGACAAGGACUGGCGCAAAGGAAGUCAGAAGGGUGCACAGAAAGGCUCCGGCAGGGCAGCGGGCCGCACCGGUGCGACCAGCCGCAUCCCUGACGGGCACGCCAUCCUCCUGGUCCAGUUCACAGACAAGAUCAAUGGCAAAACGUACUCAGAGCAUCCGAAUGUGAGCAGUGCAAUGGAUGACGUGUGCCAGAUGUAUGAGCAGGUCAUGAAGAUGGACAUGGGUGGCAGGCAGCAGGUCAAGUACACGGUCGAGGACCUCUGGUCCUUUGUCGACCGCUUGCGUGACAUUGCCUGCUUGAUCUACGACUCCCAGGGCGGUGAGUACCUGCCACACAAUCGUGAGUGGGUCAAGAACCAGGUCUUGAAGCACCUGAAGGGGCAGCUCACAUGA